GUGUAGCGCCUCUAACAAACCGGCCACCGGUGCGGGACUGCUCGUUACUGUCAGCUUUAGGAAAUGGGAUUGAGCGCGAAAGGAGAUAACGGGAGCCCGAACGGCCCCCGCGGCGCGUGGUUGUAGGACGGGUUCAUAAGGCGCGUGGUCUGCGCGGCGGUCGCGUGCGUUUUCAUUCUCCGUUCGCCCCUCGCUGGACACGCUCCUCUGUAGCGCGUGCUGCUGCCCAGUCGGUGUCGUCAGGCAGGAGCGGCCGUUUCCUUCCAGCUCUUCUCCGUUGUUGCGUGUGUGUAUGCGCGCGCGCGCGUGUGUUGAAUGUAUGUGUGGUUAGAGGGGAAUAAAAAGCGCAAUCACACCGAGACCGAGCCAAGCAGGCCCGCGCGAGGCAGCGAGAUAAGGGAGGAAGCCCGCGAGCCCUCGGCUAGCAAGUGCACGGUACACGGCGAGAGAUGGUCACGUCCGCACCGGGAAUCAUCCUGCUGCCGUUGCUAAUAUGUCUCCAGCACUCCGUCAACGUCCGCGGUACCAAGACAGAAUGUGAGGCCAACCAGUUCCAGUGUGGAAACGGUCGCUGCAUCCCAACCGUCUGGCAGUGUGACGGAGACAGGGACUGCACUGAUGGCAGUGAUGAAAACGCCUGUGUUAAAAAGACUUGUGCAGAGUUGGACUUUGUAUGUCACAAUGGCCAGUGUGUCCCAAAGCGGUGGCACUGUGAUGGGGAGCCAGACUGUGAGGAUGGGUCUGAUGAGAAUGUGACAAUUUGUCAUAUGAGGACGUGUCAUGUGAACGAAUUUAGCUGCGGUGCAGGUUCCACCCAGUGUAUCCCCAUCUUCUGGAAAUGUGACGGAGAGAAGGACUGUGAUAAUGGCGAGGAUGAGGUCAACUGUGGUAACAUCACCUGUGCUCCAAAUGAGUUCACGUGUGCCAGUGGGCGUUGCAUCUCACGAAACUUUGUGUGCAAUGCCGAGGACGACUGUGGUGACGGUUCGGACGAGUUGGACUGUUCGAUGUCCUCCUGCGGCCCCAGUGAAUUCCAGUGUGGAAAUUCGUCCUGUAUUCCAGCCAGCUGGGUGUGCGACGAUGAUGUUGAUUUGCAGGACCAGUCUGACGAAUCUCCCUCUCAUUGUGGACGUCACCCGACGCCACCAGCCAAGUGUUCUUCCAGCGAGAUGCAGUGCCAGUCAGGGGAGUGCAUUCAUAAGAAGUGGAGGUGUGAUGGAGACCCUGAUUGCAAGGACGGCAGUGACGAAGCAAACUGUCCUGUACAAACCUGCGGACCAGAUCAGUUCAAGUGUGAUGAUGGAAAAUGUAUCCUAGGCAGCAGACAGUGUAAUGGCCUCAGAGAGUGCGCCGAUGGAUCAGACGAAAUUAACUGCAAAAACAUGACUCAGUGUAAUGGGCCAGAAAAGUUCAAAUGUCGCAGCGGGGAGUGUAUCGAGAUGAGCAAAGUGUGCAACAAGGCUCGAGACUGUCCUGACUGGAGCGACGAACCCAUCAAAGAGUGCAAUUUAAAUGAAUGUCUCCUGAACAAUGGAGGAUGCUCUCACAUAUGCAAAGACAUGGUGAUUGGCUUUGAGUGUGACUGCACACCUGGACUGCAGCUCAUUGACCACAAGACCUGUGGAGAUAUCAAUGAGUGUCUGAACCCUGGCAUCUGCAGCCAGAUCUGCAUCAACCUGAAGGGAGGAUACAAAUGUGAAUGUCACAAUGGCUACCAGAUGGAUCCAACCACUGGAGUCUGCAAGGCUGUUGGUAAGGAGCCAUGCCUGAUCUUUACUAACCGUCGGGAUAUUCGUCGUCUGGGUCUGGAGAGAAAGGAGUAUACUCAGAUAGUAGAGCAGCAGAGAAACACAGUGGCACUGGAUGCAGACUUUGACCAGCAGAUGAUCUUCUGGGCUGACUUGGGCCAGAAGGCCAUAUACAGCACUAAGCUGGACAAAAGACAAGACACUGGCACCCAUAAACGAGUAAUCGACAAUGUCCAGACUCCUGUGGGUAUUGCUGUGGACUGGAUCUACAAACACCUGUAUUGGUCUGACCUCAGCACCAAAACCAUUUCUGUGUCCAUCUUCAAUGGGACCAAGCAGAAAGUUCUGUUCAACAGGGGCCUCAAAGAACCAGCAUCCAUUGCUGUGGAUCCGUUGUCUGGAUUCCUGUACUGGUCUGACUGGGGUGAACCUGCAAAGAUUGAGAAAUCUGGUAUGAACGGAGUGGACAGACAGGUUCUGGUGGCGACAGAUAUUCAGUGGCCUAAUGGAAUCACUCUUGACCUGAUCAAAGGCAGAUUAUACUGGGUUGACUCUAAGCUACACAUGCUCUGUAGUGUGGACUUGAAUGGUGACAACAGGAAGAAAGUCCUGCAGUCCUCUGAUUACCUGGCUCACCCCUUUGCGCUCACAGUUUUUGAGGAUCGAGUCUUCUGGACAGACGGUGAAAAUGAAGCUAUUUAUGGUGCCAACAAGUUCACAGGCUCUGAUGUAGUGACACUAGCCAGCAACCUGAAUGACCCCCAGGACAUCAUAGUGUACCAUGAACUUAUUCAAUUGUCUGGAACUAACUGGUGCACAGAGAGAGGUGAAAAUGGGGGCUGUAGCUACAUGUGUCUGCCUGCGCCGCAAAUCAACAAACACUCUCCUAAGUACACCUGCGUAUGUCCAGAGGGGCAGGAGCUGGCUGCUGAUGGCUUACGCUGCAGACCUGAAGCCAAUGUAAGCACAUCUAUUCAAGUGAAUUCCCCACCUAGAGGGUCUGCAGCUGCCUGGGCUGUGCUGCCUGUCCUGCUCCUGGCGAUGGCGGCAGUAGGCGGUUACUUAAUGUGGCGAAACUGGCAGCUGAAGAACCAGAAGAGCAUGAACUUUGACAACCCUGUUUACCUGAAGACCACAGAAGAAGACCUCAACAUUGACAUCACCCGGCACGGCGCCAAUGUGGGACAUACCUAUCCUGCAAUCUCUAUAGUGAGCACAGAUGACGAUUUAUCCUGAUGGUCGUUUUUGUUUUUUUCCUACGGCAGCCCCAUUGCAUUGCAUGGCAUUCCAUGCUGGUGGUUGUCUGUAGCAACAGCCCUUAUAGUACGACCACAUGCCUUCUGAAGUGCAUUAUGUCAUUAUCUGUGGUGGAUGACUGGAGGAAAUAUUUAUUAUGUGAAUACUCAAUGAAUUAUGUGUCACAACAGGUUGUAUCCAAAGUGUUACUUUUUAUCUUUAGUGUUUUUUUUUUUUGUUUUGUUUUUUUUUUCUUCAGACAUUAGUUUAAACACACUCCUAAAGGCAAUGGAGGCUCCUCUUCUCAGAUAACCAAUAAGGGAAAUGUGUAGAAUUUCCAGUUAUUGAAAGGUGUCUGAGGCUUGUGUUCUAAUGGGAUGCAGCGCUCCUCCGGACACGUAGAUCAGCUCUGCUUACUAGGACAUGAACUGUAUCUGAGCAAUCAGUCGCCAGAAAACCUGCUCCAGAAUCUUGCCACCGUUUAUUCUACAGGAUCAGAUGUAUGAAUAUUUAUGGAUGAUCAUUUCUAACCACUAAUAUGUCAAAGGGAUUAGUUUUAAUUAGUUUUUUUUUGUUAUUGGUUAUGAGAUUCCACAUUUGUAGACAUUGUAUAUAUUAAUCCAUCAUAACUCAGACAUGAUUGUCAAUCAGGACUCUCUUCAAUGCACUUUGAUGAAAUGCUCCUUGUGUAAAUAAGAUUGUAUACAUUUGACUUGAAAUCAAUUUUUGCUAUGGUUGGACAUCGUACCAGGGUUAGAGAUCAGAUGUAUUUAACGAGAAAGAAAAUACUGAAAAACAAAAAAAAAAACAAAAUGCAGACUUUGGUAAAACAAUUUUGUAUGUUUGUGCUGUUGCUGUGAACUUUUUCAAGCAUUGUACAGUGAGGGGGACACUUAAAACGUAAGAGCACUGUAUCUGAAAACUGAUUUUGCCAAAUCACUCCAAAAUUAAACUUAAUUCAGACGUU